AUGCUACGCAAAGUAGACGAGAAGCUUGAUGAUUUGCUGUCCAAAGAGAUAAUUGAGAAGGUAUCAGAACCAAGCCAAUGGGUGUCUCCAAUGGUCAUAGUGGUCAAAGACAGUGGGGACAUUAGGUUGUGCAUCGAUAUGCGGCAACUUAACAAAGCAAUACUUCGUGAAACACAUCCUUUACCCACGAUCGAAGAGAUACGGUGGAAAAUUAACGGUGCCAAAUAUUUCUCUCGGCUCGACAUCAAGGAUGCUUUUCACCAACUCCAGCUCGAUGAUGACAGCAAAAGUCUGACCACCUUCAUUACACAUCGGGGGCUUUUCCGGUAUAAACGCCUAGUCUUUGGAAUUUCAUGUGCUCCUGAAAUGUUUCAGAAGGUUCUCGAGCAUAUUUUGGCGGAUUGUGAAAAUACGAUUAACUUUAUUGACGACAUUAUUGUAGCAGGUGAGUCCGAAGUUGAGCACGACUUGGCCCUUCAGAAGGUUCUGAAGAAACUCAGGGAUUAUGAUAUACUGUUAAACCAGUCUAAAUGCGCCUUCAAACUAACUGAAAUAGAAUUUGUUGGUCAACGAUUCAAUCAAAAUGGAAUGAUACCAUCGCAAAGGAAAAUUGAAGCCAUACAAAGUUUUCGUCCACCGAAAAGCUGCGAAGAGGUCCGCAGUUUUCUAGGUCUCGUGAAUUAUGUGGGAUCCUUUAUUCCGAACCUUGCGACCAUUUCAUUUCCCCUUCGCGAGCUAACAAAGAAUAGUGCCUCCUUCAUCUGGGAAUCAGAUCAAGAACGAGCUUUUCAGGAUCUCAUUCGUCUAGUCGGUAACAUUGAAACGCUGGCUCACUUCGACCCUCAGCUAAAAACUAGAGUUGUUGCGGAUGCAUCUCCAGUAGGGUUAGGAGCGGUUCUUUUGCAGUUUCACGAAGCUCUACCUAAGGUUGUUGCAUAUGCCAGUAAAAGCCUCACGGCCACGGAAUGUCGAUACGCGCAGACCGAGAAGGAAGCUUUGGCGUUGGUGUGGGCUGUGGAGCGUUUCCAAAUUUAUCUAUUCGGAAUUCGCUUCGAGCUUGAAACCGACCACAAACCCCUUGAAGCGAUUUUCACUCCAACGUCGUCCCCAUGCUUGCGGAUCGAACGAUGGGUUUUGAGGCUACAAGCGUUUUCCUACGAUAUUGUAUAUCGAAAAGGAAAGUCAAAUAUCGCAGACCCAUUGUCGCGGCUAUCACGUCCAGCAGAAAUCGAAGAGUUUGAUCCAGAUUCCGAUAUUUAUAUCAGGAAUGUUAUAGAACAUGCAGCUGUUGAUAUAGAGGAAGUUGAGGUAGCCUCUGCUAAUGAUCCAGAAUUGAUAGCAUUGAGAGAAUGUUUGGGAAAGGGAGUAUGGAAUUAUGCAAAUGAUAUUUUGAAACCUUUCCAUGCUUUCCGGAGCGAAUUAGGGACAGUUGGAGAUUUGAUUGUCAGAGGUAGCAAACUAGCUAUACCUAAAGACCUCAGGCAAACAUUGCUAGAACUCGGUCAUGAGGGGCGGACGAAAAUGCAGCAGCGGCUAAGAUGCACUUGUUGGUGGCCGGGAAUGGAUGAGUCGAUCAUUCGAAUGGUGGAGAGUUGUGCAGGAUGUCGGCUGGUAAGCCAACCAGAUAGACCAGAACCUAUGAUGCGGAGGGCUAUGCCUGACAAGCCGUGGGUGGACGUGGCAAUCGACUUUCUUGGGCCACUACCGUCGGGGGAUUAUUUACUGGUUAUCAUCGAUUAUUUCAGCCGGUAUAAGGAAAUCGAAAUACUCAGGAGAAUAACCGCAAAUGAAACCGCCGAUAAACUGGAAAGAAUAUUUGUGAGGCUCGGUUAUCCGAGAACCAUUACUCUCGAUAAUGGACGGCAAUUCGUGAGUACGUUCUUCGAUCAUUAUUGCAAACAGCGUGGAAUAGUGCUCAACAAGACCACCCCGUAUUGGCCGCAGGAAAAUGGCCUUGUAGAACGGCAAAAUCGGUCGCUCGUGAAGAGGUUGAAAAUAAGUCAAGCGCUAAACAGCGAUUGGAAGGCUGAUGUGGGUGCAUACCUCUCAAUGUACUACGCCACACCUCACAGCACUACGGGAAAAACUCCUACUGAACUAAUGUUCGGUCGUACCAUCCGAACCAAAAUACCAUCACUACAAGAUGUCAGCACAACAUCGCUGCCGUUAUCGGACUACAGAGAUAGAGAUCUACAGAUGAAAGAGAAGGGAAGAUUGGAGAGGAUGAACGACGAAAGGCCAAACCGUCUGUGGUAA